UUCGUAACAUCAGUGGGGGUUUUCACUAAGUAUAUAAAACAGUAAGAAUUGGUAGCCACUAACUGUGAAUCGUUUGGAUGUUCGCACCCUUCACAAUGAAAUAUUUCAUCGUCUCCUGUUUAUUAGCGGUGGUUGCUGCGGCACCCCAAUACAAUCCGUACAACCAGUACGCUUACAACCCAUACCGUCCAGACAAUUACUCCCCAUACCACGCUCAACCUUACGGUUAUAACCCGUACCAACCAAACCCCUACUAUCGUAAUCCCACCGGAUACUACCCAGGAGCCGUCCACCACCAACAAUACCAAGCCCCUGCCGUUGCCGAAACAAGGGAAGCGCGUCCGGAUGGUUCCUACUCAUACAGCUACCAAACCGUAGAUGGACAGCAAGUCCACUCUGAAGGUGCCUUAAGAGUGACCGGACCCGAAGGAGCCACCCCAGCGGUUCACGGAUCUUACUCCUACAAUGCACCCGACGGAACCCCAGUUACCGUCAAUUACGUCGCCGACGAAUACGGUUACCGCGCCCAUGGUCCCCAAAUUCCAAACGCCGACGCUAUCGACCAAUCUAUCGCCCAGAACCUUCAAAGCGAAAGAUACCACCAUGGAGCUGUUCCAUUUGUACCCAGCCAUAAAUAAUUGAUAAAUCGACCGUUAUUUAUUUAGGCCCCGUUUUAUGAUGAAUUAGAUCCUAAAACGCGACCUAAGUAACUAGCAAAGGAAACGGUGAACUCUAUUCUUCAAUAAAUUUGUAAAAAAAUGUACACUUUUUAAUGUAAUAAAAGCUUUUUUAUUUAUGGUA